GUUUAAGUUUGUUUUCUCAACAUUAUUUAAUGCUUGGCACCAUUCACACUUGGUUAAAAUACAUAAUUGAAAACUUUUCCUGUUUUUGAUGAGUUGUUUUUUGUUUUAACUUCUUUAAACCUUUGCAAGGUUUGGGCAAUGACACCAUCACAAUUGUUAAUUAUUUGGUAAACUGUGGCUUCUUGCAAUGGAUUAGUGGUCCUGGUUUAUGUGUCCCUGACUAUUGUGUUGUUAUCUGGACUGCUGAAAAAUCUGUGGACACUGUUGGUCUGAGUUAGGAACAGAAUGGCUGGGGCAGAACCAUUUCUGGCAGAUGGCAAUCAGGAGUUAUUUCCCUGUGAAGUCUGUGGAAGGCGCUUUGCAGCAGAUGUUCUGGAAAGGCAUGGACCUAUAUGUAAAAAGCUCUUCAACAAAAAGCGUAAACCUUUCAAUUCUUUGAAGCAACGGUUACAAGGCACUGACAUUCCAACUGUGAGGAAGACUCCUCACUCCAAGUCUCAAUCUAUGAGGAAGUCUAACUGGAGACAACAACAUGAAGAUUUUAUUAAUGCUAUUAGAUCAGCAAAGCAGUGUACACUAGCCAUCAAAGAAGGCCGACCUCUCCCACCUCCACCACCUCCAUCUUUGAAUCCAGAUUAUAUUCAAUGCCCAUACUGCAUGAGGAGGUUUAAUGAAACUGCAGCCAAGAGACAUAUUAAUUUCUGCAAGGAUCAAUCUUCUCGCCGAGUCUUUGACCCAGCCCAGACAGCAGCCAAAUUGGCAUCCAGAGCUCAGGGUAGGGCUCAGACAAGUCCAAAAAAGGAACCAACUGUUACCAGUGCUGUGGGAACUUUGCUGCAGAACAGGGCCACGGAGGCCAUGAAUGGAGGCCCAACCAAGUCAGGAUUAGCUGUGGACCCUGCUUCUGGAGCAAAACUCAGACAACGAUUUAGUAAAUCUUCUAAAAAAGAUUAACUCCAAGAGGCCAGACAGGCUCCCUGGAAUGUAUCAGCCUGGAUGGUUGUAGAUCCAGGAAGGCCACGUGAGGGGAUGCAACGGUAGAUACGAUGUCCGUUUAACACCCAUGAUGCUUCUCAAGCUUCACAUUUUUAUUUACUCCCUUUGAAAUGUUCAAAACCAUUAAACAUAUCCACCUGUAUGGUAAUACAUGA